AUGUCCUUCACAAUCACCCUGCGCCAGGGCCCCGCCCGUCUGGCCACCCGCCUACCUGAAAUCGCCCGACCCGCGACGAAGGCCACUCUCUUCUCAUCCUCCUCAAUCGCUGCACGCGCAUUCCACCAGUCCGCUCGCCGGUCAAAUGCCUUCUUCACAUCCCAGACCACUCUCGCCCUCGCGCGCUCAUCACCGAGCAAGUCGACUUCCCUCGUAAGCCGCUUUGUCGCCGGUGGCAGCAAGCGCGGUUAUCAGUCACAAGCGGGCACUGCAACCGACAACACCUCGGUGCUGCGCAAGCUCGCAGUCGGUGGAGCCAUCUUUGGCGGUACCCUGGUGGCUGUAAAUGCCGUUUUCAACCGAGAGACCCGCGAGGAUGGUGGCAUGCCUCUGUUCGAGCGGAGCUACCUCAACCAGACCUUCCUGCACACAGGUCUGGGCAUCGGCAUCAUCGGUGUUACGGCCAGACAGAUGGUACAGAGCGGGUUUGUGUACCGGCUGAUGGUCACAAACCCCUGGGUAGUCAUGAUCGGUGGUCUGGCCAUGAGCUUUGGUACGAUGAUCGGCACGAGGAUGGUGGAUCCUGACAACUACGUUCCCAAGUACGCCCUCUGGACCGCCUUCAAUGCCACCCAGGCCGCUCUGAUUGCGCCCCUCGUCGCCUUCGUCCCCGGCGCCCUGCUCGCCCGCGCCGGUCUUUACACUGUGGCUAUGAUGGGCUCCAUUUCCUUCGUUGGUGCGACCGCCAAGCAGGAGAAGUACCUCUACAUCGGCGGACCUCUCCUGGCUGGUGCCGGUCUUGUCAUGGCUUCCGGCUUUGCGCCGCUCAUCCUUCCUGCAACCGCCGUCCGAACACUCGCGUUCACCGAGAACAUCUGGCUGUGGGGUGGAUUGGCACUAUUUGGUGGCUUCACGCUGUAUGACGUACAGAAGGUGUUGUACCACGCUAGGCUGGCCGAGCGAGGCGUGAUCAAGAAGGAUCCCGUCAACGAGAGCAUUGCGCUCGAGCUGGAUUUCCUGAACAUCUUCAUCCGGAUGGUGCAGAUUCUGAUGAUGCAGCAGAACAAGAGGAAGUAA